AUGAUUUUCGAGAUUCGCCAAUUCGCCGCCGUCCUCUUGGUGGGUUCCUGCGUCGGGCUGAGCGCCGGCCUGCCGGCGUGCGUGUGCACGCGCGAGGGGAAGCCCGUCUGCGGCUCCGACGGCCAGACGUGCAAACGCGAGGCGCCCUGCUUCUGCACUUUCGAGAGCAGACCGCUCUGCGCCAGCGACGGGCAGACGUACGCGAACGAGUGCGAGCUCCGCUGCAGGCAGGCCGAGGUGCCCAGUUUACGCGUCAGCCACGAGGGUGAGUGCCGCGCGAAGAGGCAGGCGGCCGAGUUGGCCCAGCACUGCACCUGCCCCAGAUCCGCUAAGCCGGUCUGCGGCAGCGACGGCAACACGUACACGAACCCGUGCCUAUUGAACUGCGCGUCCGAGGCGGAGCCGAGCCUGUUCCUGCAGCACCCGGGACCCUGCAGCAAUGACGUCAGCGUGGUCGAACAGCCGCAGGAGACCCCUUCCUGCACCUGCGCACGGGACUACAAGCCCGUUUGCGCGACGAACGGCGUCACGUUCGACAACAUGUGUUUGAUGCGAUGCGCCGGCGAGCAUUUGUCUGUGCAGAGCUUCGGACCUUGCGAGCCCUCGGCG